CGCUGUGCAGUCCCAUCAAUGGUUCUCGCAAAAUACGGGUCGUCUAUUUUACACACCCUUCAGCACGCUGUGCAGUUUGGAUCAAUUGAUUAGUAUUCGGCGACGGUCAUGAAAUCCAAAAAAAGCUGCAAUUUUUCCUGUCCUCUUCUUCAUCUUCUUCUUCUUCUUUCAUUUACAUGCUUCUCUUCAACAUUUUGCUCUGCCAAAGAUACCAUCACAUCAACAAAUUUCAUCAAAGACCCUGCAACUAUAUCAUCCAAUUCCAGUUCCUUCGAGUUGGGAUUCUUCGCACCUCCUAAUUCUACCCGCCGAUAUGUCGGAAUUUGGUUCAACCAAGUCUCCGUACAAACCUUAAUAUGGGUAGCCAACAGAGACAAUCCUUUAAACAACACUUCUCAAGGGAUCUUCACAAUUUCCAAGGAUGGGAAUCUUGUGGUCUUAGAUGGAAACGACACCGUCCUCUGGUCUUCAGAUGUUUCUUCUUCUUCUUCAACCAAUCGAAGCGCCCGAAUUUUAGAUUCGGGAAACCUGGUUCUGGAAGAUGCUUCUUCAGGGGAGGUUAUAUGGCAGAGUUUCAAACACCCUUCUGACAAAUUCUUGCCCGCCAUGCAAAUCAUCACAAACAAAUUAGACGUAAAUUCCAAAGACAAGGUUCAGCUUACCUCAUGGAAAAACCCUUCGGAUCCAUCUACAGGAAACUUUUCCUUCGGGAUGGAUGUUCAAAAUCUCCCAGAAGUUGUGGUUUGGAAUGGCCGUGAUCCUUAUUGGCGGUCUGGUCCAUGGAAUGGUAAUUCUUUUAUCGGAGUACCCGAAAUGGAAGCUGUUUAUCUUUCCGGAUACAGCCUUGUAAUCCAAGACCAAACUUACACUCUCUCUGUUUCUUACAAUUAUAGCAUUCAAGAAUUUGCUUAUUUGUUUUUAAGCCCGGGAGGGAAUUUGCAGCAAACGUACUGGGAUGUUUCGGAGGAGCGCUGGAAGAUUACUUGGAUGUCUCUACAAACGCGUUGCGAUUUGUAUGGUGCUUGUGGGGCAUUUGGGAUCUGCAAUCCCAAACCGUCCCCUGUUUGCAGCUGUUUAAAAGGGUUUAAGCCAAAUCAUGAAGAGGAGUGGAAUCAAGGAAAUUGGAGUGGUGGUUGUGUCAGAAAUACACCAUUGCUGUGUAAUGCCACCACUCUGGAAGAUGGGUUUUUGAAAGUGGAAACAGUUAAAUUGCCAUUUUUGGCAGAGUGGUCCGGCAUUUCCUCUCUUACAGCAGAUGAUUGCAGACAGUUGUGCUUGAAGAAUUGUUCUUGUACUGCUUAUGCAUAUGAAAAUGGUAUCAAUUGUAUGCUUUGGAGAAGGGAUGAUUUAAUUGAUAUGCAAAAGUUUGAGAGUGGUGGAGCUGAUCUUUAUGUUCGAAUGGCGUAUGCCGACUUAGAUCAUACUACAAAUGAUCGUGUAAAAGACAAGACGGGAAUUAUUAUAGCCAUAGUGCUACCGACAACGCUUGUCAUUUUCGUCAUUGCAAUAUACUUGUGGUUGAGAUGGAAAAGGAAAGCUCCCAAAAACGAGAAGAAGAAAACUAUGGCGUCCGGAGAAAAAGAGAAGAUUUUGAAACUGAAAAGAGAAGAUGAUAUGAUUGAGGAUGAUAUAAAACUUGAGGAGCUACCUAUUUAUGAUCUUGAGAAGCUGGCAAUGGCAACCAACAAUUUUGAUUUGACCAACAAGCUUGGGCAAGGUGGCUUUGGUCCAGUGUAUAAGGGAAAAUUAGCAAAUGGACAGGAAAUAGCAGUAAAGAGGCUUUCAAGGGUCUCCCAACAAGGAUAUGAAGAAUUUAUUAAUGAAGUAAGAGUAAUUUCAAAACUACAACAUAGGAAUCUUGUGCGACUUUUUGGUUGUUGCAUCGAAGGAGAAGAGAAGAUGUUGAUAUAUGAGUAUAUGCCCAACCUAAGUUUGGAUGCAUUAAUUUUUGGUGAGAUACUCUGACCCUAAAUUUCAAAAGUUACGACAGUGUUUAAUGUAGUUUGGGAUUUUCAUUCACUAACCAAAGCUAAAAUCUAUACACGUGUAGGCUCCUCCAAACAAAAACUUUUGGAUUGGAGAGAGAGAUUUAAUAUUAUCGAUGGAAUUGCUCGAGGACUUCUUUAUCUUCAUAGGGAUUCGAGAUUGAAAAUUAUUCAUAGAGAUCUCAAGGCGAGCAAUAUUCUGUUAGACAAAAAUUUCAACCCUAAAAUUUCGGACUUUGGCACGGCAAGAAUUUUUUAUGGCAAUGAAGUUAAAGCCAACACUUUAAGAAUUGUUGGAACUUAUGGAUAUAUGUCUCCUGAAUAUGCAAUGCAAGGUCAAUUUUCAGAGAAAUCAGACGUGUUUAGUUUUGGAGUUCUAUUGCUUGAAAUUAUUAGUGGAAGACGAAAUACAGGGUUCUACUACCACGAGCAUUCUUUGAACUUAUUAGAAUUUGUAUGGAAGUUAUGGGAGGGAGACGAUCUAAUUCAUCUGAUUGAACCUACAAUUUAUGAAUUGAGGUACCAAGGAGAGAUUUUGAGAUGCAUUCAUGUUGGGCUCUUGUGCAUUCAAGAACUUAUAAAUGAUAGGCCAAAUGUUUCUACCAUUAUCUCAAUGCUGAAUAGUGAAAUUGUAGAUCUUCCUUUCCCAAAACAACCGGGCUUUAUUGGUAGACCACGCGAGAAUAGCAUAGAGGAAUCUCAAAAAAAUUGUGAUAAAUUUUCUGUAAAUAAUAGUCUUACAGUUACCACAAUUGUACCUCGUUCCUUCGAGUUGGGAUUCUUCGCACCUCCUAAUUCUACCCGCCGAUAUGUCGGAAUUUGGUUCAACCAAGUCUCCGUACAAACCUUAAUAUGGGUAGCCAACAGAGACAACCCUUUAAACAACACUUCUCAAGGGAUCUUCACAAUUUCCAAAGAUGGGAAUCUUGUAGUCUUAGAUGGAAACGACACCGUCCUUUGGUCUUCAAAUGUUUCUUCUUCUUCUGCAGCCAAUCGAAGCGCCCGAAUUCUAGAUUCGGGAAACCUUGUUUUGGAAGAUGCUUCUUCAGGGGAGGUUAUAUGGGAGAGUUUCGAACACCCUUCUGAUAAAUUCUUGCCUUCCUUGAAAUUUUUGACCAACAGAAGAACUAAAGACACAGUGGGGCUUACCUCAUGGACCAGCCCUUCCGACCCAUCUACAGGGAACUUUUCCUUUACGUUGAAUGUCUUCAAUCUCCCUGAAGCUGUCAUUUGGAAUGGAGGUAGCCUUUAUUGGCGGUCUGGUCCAUGGAACGGCCAGUCUUUCAUCGGAGUACCCGAAAUGGAAUCUGUUUAUCUCUCCGGAUUCAACCUCGUAAUCCAAGACCAAACUUACACUCUCUCUGUUCCUUACAAUUACAGUAUUCAAGAAUUUGCAUAUUUGUUUUUAAGAUCGGAAGGGGAUUUGGAGCAAAUGUACUGGGAUGCUUCGGAGGGGUGGAAGAUUAGUUGGUCGGCUCUAAAAACGCGGUGCGAUUUUUAUGGUGCUUGUGGGGCGUUUGGGAUGUGCAAUCCCAAAGCAUCCCCUGUUUGCAGCUGUAUAAAAGGGUUUAAGCCAAAGCAUGAAGAGGAGUGGAAUCGAGGAAAUUGGAGUGGUGGAUGCACCAGAAAUACACCACUGCAGUGUGAGAAAUCGAACAAUGAUAAUGCCACCAUUCAGGAAGAUGGGUUUGUAAAAGUGGAAAUGGUUAAAGUUCCAUAUUUGGCAGAGUGGUCCAUUACUUCUCUUACAGCAGAGGAUUGCAGACAGGAAUGCUUGAAGAAUUGUUCUUGUACUGCUUAUGCAUAUGAAAAUGGCAUUCGUUGUAUGCUAUGGAGAGGAGACUUAAUUGAUAUACAGAAGUUUGAGGGCGUUGGAGCUGAUCUUUACCUUCGAAUGGCAUAUGCAGAUUUGGAUCAUACUACAAAUGUAAAAGACAACAGAAGAGUAAUUAUUAUAGCCACAGUUCUACCAGCAACGCUUAUCAUAUUCAUCAUUGCCAUAUACUUGUGGUGCAAACAAGAGAAGAAGAAAACUAUGAGGUCCAGUGAAAAAGAGAAGAUUUUGAAACUGACAAGGGAAGAUGAUAUGAUUGAGGAUGAUAUCAAACUUGAGGAGCUACCUCUUUAUGAUUUUAAGAAGCUAGCAAUGGCAACCAACAAUUUUGAUUUGACCAACAAACUUGGGCAAGGUGGCUUUGGUCCAAUGUAUAAGGGAAAAUUGUUAAAUGGACAAGAAAUAGCAAUAAAGAGGCUUUCCAGGGCCUCUAAUCAAGGAUAUGAAGAAUUUAUUAAUGAAGUGAGGGUGAUUUCAAAACUACAACAUAGGAAUCUUGUGCGGCUUUUUGGUUCACCAAAACAAAAACUUUUGAAUUGGAGGGAGAGAUUUAAUAUUAUCGAUGGAAUUGCUCCAGGACUUCUUUACCUUCAUAGAGAUUCGAGAUUGAAGAUUAUUCAUAGAGAUCUCAAGGCAAGUAAUAUUUUGUUAGACGAAGAUUUGAACCCUAAAAUUUCGGACUUUGGCAUGCCAAGAAUCUUUUAUGGCAACGAAGUUAAAGCGAACACUUUAAGAGUUGUUGGAACUUAUGGAUAUAUGUCUCCUGAAUAUGCAAUGCAGGGUCAAUUUUCAGAGAAAUCAGAUGUCUUUAGUUUUGAAGUUCUAUUACUUGAAAUCAUCAGUGGAAGGAGAAACACAGAGUUCUACCCCCACGAAUAUGCCAUAACUUUAUUGGGAUUUGCAUGGAAGUUGUGGAUGGAAGACAAUCUUAUGCAUUUGAUUGAACCAACAAUAUAUGAAUUGGACUACCAAUUAGAGAUUUUCAGAUGCAUUCAAGUGGGGCUCUUAUGCGUUCAAGAAUUUAUAAAUGAUAGGCCAAAUGUCUCCACCAUUAUUUCAAUGCUCAAUAGUGAAAUUGUAGAUCUUCCUUCUCCAAAGGAACCAGGUUUUGUUGGCAGAACACAUGAAAGUAGCACAGAUUCAUCCCACCUUCAGUUCCAAGGAUUUAUGCACAAUAUAAGCCUCUCUUUUACACAUUAUUUUGUCACUCCAAUUAGUAAUCAACAGAUUAAAACAGCCAUGAAAUUGAACCCCCAAAAGUAUUGGAGUAGUUUUUCAUGUCGUCUCCUCCUAAUCCUUCUUUCAUCUUCAUGUCUCUGUUCAAAUCUUUGCUUCGGGCGUACAGAUACCAUCACAUCAACCAAUUUCAUCAAACACCCUUCAACCAUAACAUCCAAUUCCACUUCCUUCCAGCUCGGCUUCUUCACACCUCUCAACUCCACAAACCAAUUCCUCGGAAUUUGGUUCAACAAUCAAAUAUCUCCACAAACCGUUGUGUGGGUGGCCAACAAAGACGAACCUCUCAAACACUCCCCCGGAAUCUUCACCAUUUCCCAAGAUGGAAACCUUGUCGUCUUAGACGGAAACGACGCCGUCCUUUGGUCUUCAAACAUUUCAUCUUCUCCCAAAUCCAAUAGAACCGCCAGCAUUUUAGACACCGGCAACCUCAUCUUGGAAGAUACAACUUCUGGGGUUGUUUUAUGGCAGAGUUUCGAACACCCAUCUGAUAAAUUCUUGCCAUCCAUGAAAUUUAUGACCAACACAAGAACAAAACAGAGACUGGGGCUUACUUCAUGGAACACCCCUUCUGAUCCAUCCACGGGAAAUUUCUCGUUUGGGCUGUACGUUCACAACAUUCCCGAAGCUGUGAUUUGGAAUGGCCGUGACACGUUUUGGCGAUCCGGUCCAUGGAAUGGACAGGGUUUUAUGGGAAUACCCGACAUGGUCUCUGUUUAUCUCUCUGGAUACAGCCUCGUAAUCGAAGACCAAACUUACUAUCUUUCCGUCACUUACAACGAGGCUGAGAAAUUCGAUUACUUGUUUUUAAGCUCGCAAGGAAAUAUUCAGGAAAUGUACUUGGAUUCUGAGGAGAAGCGGUGGAUGGGAGGUUGGUUGGCUAUAAAAACGCAGUGUGAUUACUAUGGUGCUUGUGGGGCUUUUGGGAUCUGUAAUGCGAAAGCGUCCCCUGUUUGCAGUUGCUUAAAAGGGUUCAAGCCAAAGCGUGAGGAGGAGUGGAAUCAGGGAAAUUGGAGUGGUGGGUGUGUGAGAAAUACGCCAUUGGAGUGUGAGAAGUCAAACAGGAGCGCCACUGAGGUGGAAGUUGAUGGAUUUUUGAAAGUGGGAGUUGUUAAAGUUCCAUUUCUUGCAGAAUGGUUGAAUUCCUCUGCUUCGGUAGAUGAUUGUAGAGGUGAGUGCUUGAAGAAUUGUUCGUGUAGUGCUUAUGCUUAUGAAAGUGGUCUUCGUUGUAUGCUGUGGAGAGGGGAGUUGAUUGAUAUACAGAAGUUUGAGAGCGAUGGAGCUGAUCUUUACCUUCGUGUGGCAUAUGCAGACUUGGAUCAUACAAAUGACAUAAAAGACAAGAAAGGUAUUAUUAUAGCCAUAGUACUAUCAGCAAUAAUGUUUAUCAUCUUCAUCAUUGUUGCCAUGUAUUUUUGGUGGGGAGGGAAGACUCGAAAACAAGGGAAGAAAAGAAAUAUGACUUCCACAAAGGAGGAGAAGAUUUUGAAGUGGACAAGGGAAGAUAUGAUGAUUGAAGACGCAGUAGAGCUACCUCUUUAUGAUUUUGAGAAGUUGGCAAUUGCAACAAACAACUUUGAUUUAAGCAACAAGCUUGGGCAGGGUGGCUUCGGUCCAGUUUACAAGGGAAAACUGUUAAAUGGACAGGAAAUAGCGGUGAAGAUGCUCUCAAAAGCCUCUCAUCAAGGAUACCAAGAAUUUAUAAAUGAAGUGAGGGUGAUUUCAAAACUACAACAUAGAAAUCUUGUGCGACUUUUCGGUUGUUGCACUGAAGGAGAAGAGAAGAUGUUAGUAUAUGAAUACAUGCCCAACUUAAGUUUGGAUGCAUUAAUCUUUGGCUCCCAAAAGCAAAACAUUUUGGAUUGGCACAAGAGAUUCAAUAUUAUUGAUGGGGUUGCUCGAGGUCUUCUUUACCUUCAUCGAGAUUCAAGAUUAAGAAUCAUUCAUAGAGAUCUAAAGGCAAGUAAUAUUCUAUUAGAUAAAGAUUUGAAUCCUAAAAUUUCAGAUUUUGGUAUGGCAAGAAUUUUUGGCGAUGAUGAAGUUCAAGCAAGUACUGUAAGAGUUGUUGGAACUUAUGGAUAUAUGUCUCCUGAAUAUGCAAUGCGAGGUCAAUUUUCAGAGAAAUCAGAUGUGUUUAGUUUUGGAGUUCUAUUGCUUGAAAUUAUUAGUGGAAGACGAAACACAGGGUUCUACUACCACGAAUAUGCUUUAAGCUUAUUAGAAUUUGCAUGGAAGUUGUGGAUGGAAGACAAUCUUAUUCCUUUGAUUGAUCCAUCAAUGUAUGAAUUGUGCUAUCAAUCGGAGAUUUUGAGAUGCAUUCAAGUGGGGCUGUUAUGCGUUCAAGAAUUUGUAAAUGAUAGACCAAAUAUUACUACCAUUAUCUCAAUGCUCAAUAGUGAGAUUGUAGAUCUCCCUUCUCCAAAGCAAUCGGGCUUUAUUGGUACAUCGCAACCAAAUUCUGAUAAAUUUUCUCUAAAUAGUCUGACACUUACCACAAUUGUGCCUCGGUAGUGUUAGAUUGGAAAAGUUGAUAUGUAAUUUUGAGAGCCUACCAGUUUAAUAAGGAAGGUAUACGCCCUCUCAAAUAUUUCUCGAAUUGGAUAAUAGUGUCACUUAUAACUCAAGUCUACAAAUUUGUUUUCAAUUACAAGUUUAGUUUAUAAAUUCUAAGAUGGUAUCCAA